GGGACUAGGGGGGGACCGGGCGGGGUAGGGGCAGUUGCCUGCCGGUGGUGUCCCCGCCACGGCUCUGCAUGGAGAGCCGCCACCGGUGGCCAGCUGAGGAGCUGCGGGCGUCAUGAAGAGGAAGAACGAGAAGCGCAGAGGGUGCGUGUCGAAGCGGCGCUCGGUCAGGAAGAAGCCGGAGGAAGAGCAGCAGCAGGCGGCGGCAGCGGCAGGGGCAGGGAGCGAUGUUUACAUCAGGAUGCAAGAUCGUCUGUAUUUUGCUAUUCUGCGACAUAAACCCAAAAACACCGCGAACACGCACUAUUUUAGCGUUGAUGAUGAACUUGUGUAUGAAAAUUUCUAUGCAGAUUUUGGACCUCUGAACAUGGCCAUGUUGUACAAAUACUGCUGCAAGCUAAACAAAAAACUCAAGUCUUUUACCUUGGGAAGGAAAAAAAUUGUUCACUACACAGGAAGUGAUCAGAAGAAACAGGCAAAUGCAGCGGUCCUCAUUGGGUCCUUUUCAGUAAUCUACCUGAAAAAAUCUCCAGAGGAAACCUACCGAUUGUUGGUAGGAGGGAAUAAUGUAUAUCAAUCCUUCAGAGAUGCCUCAUUUGGCACGUGCACAUAUAAGCUAACAGUUCUAGACUGUUUACUUGCUGUUAGUAAGGCUGUGCAAUAUGAUUUCUUCAAUUUUAAUACAUUUGAUGUAGAUGAAUAUGAACAUUAUGAGAGGGCAGAAAACGGAGAUUUUAACUGGAUUAUUCCCAGCAAGUUUUUGGCCUUCAGUGGACCACAUCCAAAGAGCAAAGUAGAAAAUGGCUACCCUCUGCACGCUCCAGAGGCCUAUUUCCAGUACUUUCGAAAACACAAUGUCACCACAAUUAUUCGUUUGAACAAGAAAAUGUAUGAUGCCAAGCGAUUCACAGAUGCUCGCUUUGACCACUAUGAUCUCUUCUUUGUGGAUGGAAGUACCCCUAGUGAUACUAUAGUCAAAAAGUUCUUGAACAUCUGUGAGAAUGCAAAGGGUGUCGUUGCUGUGCACUGUAAAGCUGGCUUAGGUCGAACUGGUACUCUUAUAGCAUGUUAUAUCAUGAAGCACUACAGAUUAACAGCAGCAGAAGCCAUUGCCUGGAUCAGAAUAUGUCGACCGGGAUCAGUUAUAGGACCUCAGCAGCACUUUUUAGAAGAGAAACAAGCUAGCCUGUGGACCCAAGGUGACCUGUUCCGUGCAAAAGUUAAAGAGCAGAUGAAUGGAAAGGAGAAGGGUGGCGUUACUAGGAUCCUUUCUGGAGUUGAUGAUAUCUCCAUCAGUGAUGAUCAGAAUAGGAUGUGUGAUGAACAAGAAAGUCACAUGUACAAUGAUAAUGACAAUGAUGAUCAUUACCCUAAUAAAAAUGAAAUGACACAAGGAGAUAAACUCAGGGUGUUGAAAAGCAGGAGACCAGCUAGAACUGUAAACACUGGAUCAUUAAAAUUGGAGGAGAACAAAAUGCACACAAGAUCAUCAUCGCAGGCAUUCAGGAUAAUACUACAGUCUAGCAAACAGAGUUGUAAGCCGGCUUCUAAACCAUGUGCCAUUGCUGGCGUCAGCCUUGCAAGCAAACGCACAACCAGAUCCAUGGCGACAAACAGUAAUUUAAGGAGUCACUCCAGUAUUAGUACUAAAGUACCAUUGCUUCGUUAACGUUCAUUCCAAAGUAACACCUUCGGAAAUUUGAAGAGGAGCCUGGAAAAUACAAUUUCCCUGCAUUGUGUAUGGAACUUGGAAUUUGUUGGAGAGCAGCAUAACUUCAUUCAGAAGGAUUCUUGAACUUGGACAAAAUAACAGACUUGAAUAUCUUCUUCAGAAAUUAAUUAUGACAAUGGUCAGUAGAGAAAGACAUCUGCAAGCAACUGCAAAGUGGGGGGGGGGGGGAAGCAUUUUUGACUGCAAACAAGGCCUUUAGUACAAUAUUUGUACGAGUUCAUGGUUAAAGUCCAGCUUCUGCAGCACCCAGGUAGCAAGCUGCAAACCAAAAUCUUCAUGCCAAUUUUCAUUUUAGUUGUGUUUUCCAGAUCAUGGUAAAGGAAGGAUCUAGCUAUUGAAGGAAGUUUGAAUUAAAUUAAAAAAUUACAACUACAAAAGUUGCUAAUUUGAUCCUUUAUUGUUUCCCCUUCCAAAAAUAAAUACAUUCCAAAAAUACCAGAUAAAUUUCAAACCGAGGUGUGCACCAGAGCCACUGAAGUCCAGAUGGAACAGAUUUCCUUGCUUUGUGUUAAUGUUUGAAGUAUGCAGAGGGAUCGUUUUUUUACAAAAUGGUUAUUAAAACUAACUGCUCUAGCUACAAACACCUUGAUCCCUCCUCCAUGUAGAUCACCAGCCGUGGCAAGAAAAAUAAUGCUAAACUUUGGGUCUUUAAAGUUAAAAGGUUUAAAAUUGUUCAAUUUGCUAGCUGUCAAACUAAUUAUGCGUUACAAGACUAAAUGGUAAAAACAAUCAAUAUCUUAAAUAUUGAAUGUUAAGGGAAUUACAAAAUCUGGAAAGUUAAGUGGCCUUGUAAUCAGUUACAACUAGACAUGUUCUACCUUGUGGGGUAGAGCUGAUGUGGAGGAAUGGAAGAGCUGUCAGUGGAAGAGAUGUAAUAAAAAUUUGACCCAAAUUGGGGUACAAGAAUAAUAUUUUUAUACGCAUGGAUAAGCUGUAUUUUGAGUCUGGUUUUAAUUUUUUGUGACCUUAGAAUGGAUCUUGCUCAGCUAAAAAAUAAUUAUGUUCUGUGAAUUAAAGCGUGCAGUUUAUUUGCUACAGUACUGUAACAGCAUUGGUCAAGUAUUUGUAGCAUUACAAAAAGCUUGUAUUCUACAGCUAAAGCAAUACAGUACUAGACAUCAAUUUGUAGCAGUCAGAUGUGGUGUUUUUCUUCCAUGUCAAAUAACUUCAGCGACUGGCAAACUCAUGGUAUUUUGUCUGCUUGUGAUGGUCUUACAUCCUUGGUCCAGCAUUUUAUUUUUAUUUUGCAGCUUUUGGGUGGAGGGUAUUUUUAAACUGGAAAUAUCUUUUCUCUGGUUUGUGUAACUGAGCUGUUGCAAUGCAAAACUGGAAUUAAGAGACUAUAUACCACUUUUGUACAGAAUAAUAUGUAUGCAGUAUAUAAAUAAACCUUACAGGUAAUAGUUGUUAUUCA